AUGAGGUUCAACCUGACCACCGGCUGGGCGGACCUGGGUAAACUUCUUAACUUUUCAGGCUGGAAAUUUAUUCAGUUUUUUCUGAGCUGCCUGCCCUUGGCUGAUAUAGGCUCUUCAUCUUCUGUCACACCUCAUAUGCUUGUAAACUUCCUGAUGGAGAGACAUACAAUCUCCUGUCUUGGACGUGCUGUCCAGGUGAGUUCAGCUGUUUUCUUUGGGUCAAGUGAGUGCCUCCUUCUGGCUGCCAUGACGUCUGAUCGCUUCAUGGCCAUCUGUGACCCGCUGCUUUAUUCAACCAAAAUGUCCACACAGGUGUGUGCACUUACGGUGGCUUGUGUAGGUAGUUUUCUCAAUGCUUCUCUUCUACUAUUUGCUUCUCUUUUUUUACUCUUCUGUGGAACAAGUCAAGUCCAUCACUUUCUCUGUGAUUUUGCUCCUUUAGUUAAACUCUCCCACUCUGGUAUCAGCACCUCCGCAAGUGUCCCCUCAUAGACGGCUGGCUCCAUUGUUGUGGUCACGGUUGUCAGAGCUGCCUCCUACAUCCGUAUCCUCAUCACCAUCCUGAAGAUGUGCUCCACCAAGGGACGCCACAAGGCCUUUUCCACUUGUACAUCCCACCUCACAGCGGUCACUCUGUGCUAUAGGACGAACACGCUCAUUUAUGUGAUGCCCAAGUCCAGCUACUCAACGGACCAGAACAAGGUGGUGUCUGUAUUCUACAUGGUGGUGAUCCCCAUAUUGAACCCCCUCAUCUACAGCCUCAGGAAGAUCUUGGCCACUGAGCUGCUGAAUGCGUCACACCGGCUCAACGUUGGUCAGGGCAGCCCCCCUACCAAUGAAAGUACCUGGGGAUCUGUCGGUUGGGGAAUUGCCCGUGACAGACCCCCCAGGAAAAGAACCAUCGGGGAAAGAAGAAGAUUACGCAGGGAAAUUAUGCGGCCCUACAUCCAGCCCUUGCCACUCUCCUCUACCUAA